CAGAAAGUCCAAAGUGUGUCUGAUGUGAGCUCACAUAACCGUUUGUGCAGCGGGACGGGACGCAUCAUCUACGCUUGUAUCCGUAGAACAGACUCAGGAAUUGAAAUUGGACAGGUUUUAUUAAAGGCCAAACACAUAUCGUCAUGCCUGUCCCAUACACUGACGUAUCCCAGAAGAAAGAAGUUUUGGAACAGUGCUCGGACCCAUGUGGAGCACGUCUCGACCUGGGGAAGAAAAUCAGUGUUCCUCUGGAUCUAAUGAUGGAGGAGCUCAACCUGAUGUCCAACAGAGGAUCUAUAAUGUUUCAGGAGAGACUUAAAAGAGUGGAGAAAUUCACAUUGGAGAACAUAGCAAGCAGGCCACACAAUCUCUCUGGGGAGUCACUCCAAGACCACAAUGUCGCUCAAGGUGAUAAAAGAGAGUGCUUCACUUCUCACGUCUACAUCAGCCAGCCUGGAAAAAACAGUCUGGUGGCCACACUCAAAAACACAGUCGCUAAAAAGGGAAGUCCUGAUGUUCUUGCACCUGGUUACGGUGGACCUCUGAGAGAAGUUCCUCAUGAAAGGUUCAAUGUCACGGUGAUCCCCAAGUCUUAUCAGUCUCCCUGGGAGGAAAAGCUCUUGGAUAGUGAGGCGUUGUUGGCUAGUAUCAGUACCCGCCUGCCCGAGCCUCCUCACAAACUCACACCUGCCAACUAUAAAUGCUUCAACAGAGCUCCUAUGCCAUUCGGUGGAACCGCAGGUACUGUGAGAACUCUACCACUCCCUGGCUUUGAACUACUACAGACUCAUACCGAGCCAAACCUGACCUGGGAAAGGAUGUGUCAUCGCCCCAACUUCAACCGCAUCCCGCAGGGCUGGAACACCCCCAUUGCUGGAGAAUCUCCUGAUCUGUGAUUUUUGGAGAA